UUCUAGUGGGAGGGCUAGUAGAUAAGGUUUUCCUGCGACUGCUAUGCUGGUUUUCUGUUUCUUCUACGCACCUCGUCUCUUCUCUUCUCAUGUCUAGACGUCAUAAUAACACUAACGAAUCAUAGAUCCUCGGCAAUGGCUUCCCCCAGUUUUCUCCACCAACUCGCCCACAUUUCCAUUCCCCGCUGCCGCCGCCACCGGUUGCUUAGAGAAGGUACCGCCACCGGACAGGGGCACGGGGGAGGUGCCCAUCUGAAUAUAAGGAAGAAAAACAACGGCGAGAGAACAAUUGGACCCAUUGCUGCUUCUUCCUCCGCUGCUGUUGACACCAUCGCCCCUUCUUCCCCUUCAUUCCCUUUCUUUCAACGUCCCCACCUGCCCCAACAUGAUUCACCUGCUCCUCAGCUGGAGCCAGCAGAUCCCGAUUUCUAUAAGAUUGGAUAUGUUCGAAGUGUUAGAGCCUAUGGCAUUGAAUUCAAGGAAGGUCCUGAUGGUUUUGGGGUGUAUGCCUCCAAGGAUGUUGAACCGACUCGUCGCCCCAGGGUUAUCAUGGAAAUCCCCUUAGAAUUGAUGUUAACCAUAAGUCAGAAGCUCCCUUGGAUGUUUUUCCCGGACAUAAUACCAAUUGGCCAUCCAAUAUUUGAUAUUAUUAACUCAACCAAUCCUGAGCUGGAUUGGGAUCUGAGGUUAGCAUGCCUUCUUUUAUUUGCUUUUGAUCAGAAAGAUAACUUUUGGCAGCUAUAUGGUGACUUUUUACCUAGUGCUGAUGAGUGCACCAGCUUGCUUCUGGCUACAGAGGAGGACCUUUUGGAGCUCCAGGACCAAAAUCUUGCUUCAACCAUGAGACAUCAGCAACACCGAGCCUCAGAAUUUUGGGAGAAGAAUUGGCACACUGCUGUACCCCUUAAAAUAAAGCGUCUUGCUCAUGAAAGAGAGAGAUUUCUAUGGGCAGUGAGUAUGGCACAAACUCGAUGCAUUAACCUGCAAACAAGGAUUGGUGCAUUAGUUCAAGAUGCGAACAUGUUUAUCCCUUAUGCCGACAUGUUAAACCAUUCUUUUCGGCCGAAUUGUUUCCUUCAUUGGCGUUUUAAGGAUCGUAUGCUUGAGGUGAUGAUAAAUGCAGGACAACAGAUUAAAAAGGGGGAUGAGAUGACAAUUAAUUACAUGAGUCGCCAAAAGAAUGACAUGCUCAUGCAAAGAUAUGGCUUUUCGUCAUCUGUGAACCCUUGGGAUGUCGUUCAGUUCUCCGGCAAUGCACGUAUUCACCUAGAUUCCUUCUUGUCAGUCUUCAACAUAUCUGGCCUAGUUGAAGAAUAUUACCAUAACACAGGUCAGUUAGCUAGUGAUGGAGAGAGUUUUGUUGACGGAGCAGUCAUAGCAGCUGCGAGAACUUUGCCUAUCUGGUCAGACGGUGAUGUUCCUCCAAUACCGAGCGCAGAAAGGAGAGCUGUGAAGGAACUGCAGGAGGAAUGCCAACGGAUGCUUGCAGAAUUCCCCACAACAGCUGAGCAUGACCAACAAAUUCUAGCUUCGGUGCCAGCCAGGCGGACUCUUGAAGUGGCAAUCAAGUAUAGGUUACACAGGAAAUUAUUCAUAGAGAAGAUUAUGCGGGCGCUGGACAUUUAUCAAGACCGGAUAUUGUUCUAGCUUAUUAGACAAGUUUGGUAAACCAACAAGUUGAGCAACCUAGUAGUCUACCAAGAGCUCACUGCCCAACUUGAUCGGCUGGCUUCUUGAUUGACAUUGACACAGACAGGUUUGUGAGCUCCUUGGCUUUUUAGCCUUUUAAUACUUGCUUCUUUGUUUUGGCAUAUUUCAAGCCCCUUCUUUUCUUUCACCCCCUGAAACUUAUAUUUCUUUUUCAAAUGUCUUCACGCAUAAUGUUCUUUACAAUGUCCGGUGAUCAUUUCAUUAAUGAAAGCAACUUCGUUUAGCAAGAAUUGACUUUUAGAAAACCCAUUUCCAUUUCUCUUGUGGGAUCAUUUGCAUUCAAACGUCAUAAACUAAGUCCAUUUAUGACUCUUAUCUUCAAUAUUUGACCCUUACACAUAAAUGUGUAACAAAACAAGAAAUAAAAAAAAAAAAAAGAUUAUUGUAUUUUGUAUUCCUCUAGCUUUUCCUUUCCCUUAAAAGAUUUGGUAUCUCUUGAGAACAUUCGAAUGUGAAAGGUAACUCUCUCUAUAUAUAACACUUAAUAAGGGUUAUAAAUUUAUUUUCAUGCAUGAUUUAAUGUUAUGAGCAUGAGCAUGAACUUCGGCAUAACAAGGACUACGGUCACGUAGGUUAUCAAUCAACCAAGAUAUGUCAUGGCAAUGGAUAUGAUGAAUAGGAGGCAUCCUAUUAUGGCACCAUAUUGAUUCCCAAU